AUGGGUAAGUUUAAAAACUCUCCUAGUUCUUAUAAGCAGCAAAUCGCCUUGCCUAAUUAUAGAUUAGAUUCAAAUUUGGUUUUAUUACCGGGGAUCAUCUAUAAUGUGACUUUCAGUCGAUUUAAAACUGCCGCUUUAUUAUCAAGAUUUAAGAAGCAAGUUGGUCAUGUGCCUUUAAUUGAAAAUUUGUUAAAUGAAUAUGAUUUUGCUGGUGAAGAAAGCAGUAGUGAAUCUUCCUUAUCAGAUGAGUUGCCAGGAGUUUUAUCAGAUGAAUCGAUAAAGGGUAUUAAACAGUUUUAUGAGUACGAGCAAUCUUACAAGUCUAAUCAAUCUCCUAGGAAGCUGAAUGAUGAACCCCAAAGUGAGUUUGAUUGGUUGGUUUUGGCAAUUUCUCCUAAUUUGAAUAAAAUAAAAGACCCAAAUGGCUUCGAUUUGUCUGAAGAAUAUAACGAUAUCGUUACUGUUGUUCGAAUUGUCGGCAUUGUUGACGAUACAACAAAUAUUAAAAUUACGCUCCAAGCUUUAACUAGGGGUCGUAAAAUUACCAAGACCAGUCAGAAGAUUAAGCCUAAUGAAGUUAGUCUUGAUAUCGAUUGGAAUGGAACCAUUGAAAAUAUCAGUACAAAGUAUACCGAAUUGACCAAUAAUAUCAAGCAGCUUUUCAAGUCUAUUGAUUCAUUCAUUGUGGAUUAUAGGAAGGCCUUGAAUAUAGCAUCCAAUAAUAAUGCUAAAAACCCAAAAGCUAAAGAAAAAGAUUUACUCACUUUGAACCCUUUGGCAAAUGCUUUAUAUCUACAAUUGGCUGGCUCGAAAGACUUCACAAAGGCUUAUAUUAGCUUGCAAAAAUUGAUUGGCAAUUUCAGUAUUGGGGCAAAAAAUGAUAUUAGUCUUGAUAAUAAAAAUUUUGCAAGAAUUAUUGAUUUGAUUAGUGCUAUAAUCCCUUUUCCUAAUCAUGAGAAACUAAAAGUUUUGAAUCAAACUGAAAUUAAUGAUCGGGUCAAUCAUGUCAAUACCAUGAUGGGUAAAUUAGUAGCUGUAUUCGACAGUUUGAAAGAUAAUACAGACGUUAUUAAUCAUUGGUUUUACAAUGAGGCUACAAAUAUUCAAAGAGCUAAUGUUGUUGCUAACCAGUUGAAAUCUAUUAGAUUGGUUUUGGAAGGUAUCACUAACCAAUCAAAGACGAAUUCAACUAGUUUUAAUAACAACAGUAGUAACAAUAAUAACAAGAAAUUAAUUCGUCGUAAAAACAAUAAUGCUUCUGCUAAAGAUGCAAACAAUGAAGACGAUAAUAAUGACAAUUUCGAUGAUGAUGAUGAAUCAGGGGAUGAUGAAUUGAAAUUAAUCACCAAUUUCAUUAAGCACAAAUUGCCUCAUAUUGCAACCCUAGAUGAGGAUAGCAAAAGAUUAAUUAUUAAAGAUUAUAAAAGGGUAAAAAAUAGUCCACCAGGUAAUAGUGAUUUCCAUGUAUUAAGAAAUUAUUUGGAAAUCGUAUCUGAUUUACCUUGGGAUAAGUUUAUAGGGAAAUUUGAUAGCAAUAAAGAUAUUGAUAUUAAGUUUGCUAAAGAACAAUUGGAUAAAGAUCAUUAUGGCUUAGAGCAUGUCAAAUCAAGAUUGAUUCAAUAUUUGGUUGUCUUGAAAUUAUUGGGAAUUAAUGCCGAUAUUGAAUAUGAAAAUCAGCAAAAGAGUAUCAAGAGUUCAAAUGAUAAAAAACAACAAUUAGAAAAAGAAGAAAUCGAACGUAAAAAGUUUAUGAAUGAAAAGUAUUCGAAUGAAUCAAUAAUUAUUCCAAAUAAUGAUGAAACUUCGGUUGCUCAUCGUCAAGCUAAUAAUGAGAACAAACGUCUGAAGGACUUGACUAAUGAAGUUAUUAAAAGAAAACAAGAAAAGCAAGAAAACAUGAAAAGACAAAUAAUUUCGAAGCUGAACCGUAGUCCAAUAAUAAUGUUGGCUGGUCCACCGGGAGUUGGUAAGACUUCAUUAGCCAAAUCGAUUGCAAAUGUUUUAGGACGCCAAUUUCAAAGAGUUUCCUUGGGUGGUAUUAAGGAUGAGCUGGAAAUUAGAGGACAUCGCCGUACGUAUGUUGGGGCAAUGCCUGGGGUAAUUGUUCAAAGUUUAAGAAAAUCCAGAAGUAUGAAUCCCGUUAUUUUACUCGAUGAGAUUGAUAAAGUAGUUGGAGGGGGACCUGGAGCUGGAGGAAGUAAAGUUAAUGGUGAUCCAGCAGCAGCCUUAUUAGAAGUUUUGGAUCCAGAACAAAAUGGUAAUUUUACCGAUCAUUAUUUAGGAUUCCCAGUUGAUUUAUCACAAGUGAUGUUUAUUUGUACUGCCAAUGAACCACAUAAUUUGAGUAGACCAUUGCUUGAUAGAUUAGAAAUGAUUGAGCUUGGAGCUUAUGAUUACAGUGAGAAGUUAAUGAUUGGAUCGAGGUAUUUGUUACCUAGACAAAUGAAGAGAAAUGGAUUAAUUAAUGAAGCUUCACGGAUUGAAAUACCUAAUAAAGUUAUGAAACAAAUUAUAUUAGAGUACACUCGAGAGGCUGGGGUUCGUAAUUUUGAAAGAAACCUUGGAACCAUUUGUCGCCAUAAAGCCGUCGAAUACGCAGAAAGUUUAACUAACGACCAUGAAUAUAAUGGGCUCAUCGAUGAAUAUGAUUUGAGUAAGUAUUUGGGUAUUCCAUACCCUAAAAUGAGUGAAAUUUAUGAAGCACCGGUUGGAACUUAUAAAUACGGAGUUGUUAAUGGAUUAUCAUACAACAGUGAUGGAUCAGGAUCAGUUCUUUUAUUUGAAAGUAUUGGAAUUAAUAAGAAUAAUACCGAAGGUCCAUGGUUGAAUAUGACUGGUAGGUUAGGAGAAGUUUUAAUGGAGAGUGGGAAAAUUGGAUUAACUUUUAUUAAACUGAUCAUUUAUAAGAAUUUGUUAAAUUUAACCAAUGAUGAACAUGAAUUAGAAGAUAUAAUUAACCGGAUGCAAAGUUUAGAUAUUCAUAUGCAUGUUCCUAGUGGUAGUAUUGAAAAAGAUGGGCCAAGUGCCGGAAUCACCAUGGCAUUGCUGUUUUUGUCAUUAAUAUUAGAAAAACCAGUAGAGUCUAAUUUUGCAAUGACUGGAGAAAUCACAUUAAGAGGGUUGGUAUUACCAAUUGGAGGAUUGAAAGAGAAGAUGUUGGGAGCAAGUUUAAGCGGAAUUAAAAAGAUGAUUGUACCAAGAGAAAACCGUAAAGAUAUUAUUAAAGAGUAUAUUAAGAGUAUUAAUCAACCGGAGAAAUUGAAUGAGUUGUUAAAGGACGAUUAUAAAGACGGAAGAUUAAGUGAAGUCGAAGAGUACGUCAUGAACAAGUAUGGCAUUGAAGUUGUCUACGCUAAAGAUUUCUGGGACGUAAUUAAAGGUGUCUGGGGAGACUUAUUAUUGGUUAAAGUCGACCAACGUAAAAUGACUGAAUACCAUUUAUGA